AUGGAGGACUGCACCAAGAAGUCGAGUGCUGGAGAGACAGACAAAGCGACGAGCGGUGCAAGCAGAAAAACCAUCCGAUGCUUCCUUUGUAAUAAGGUCGGCCACAAGGCAGAAAAUUGCAAGAACCGCCCGCCUACGUUCAAAAAGCUGACGUGCUGGAAUUGUGGAAGACCCGGGCAUCGAGCCGAGAAUUGUGGGACGAGACCAAACGAUCGACCUCAAGCGUCCUGCGUAUUAGCUGAGCAAAGCGACGGCAGUGCGUCCGAGUUUGAUGAAGCCUAUGUCACGCUUCAGAACGGCGCCAAGAUCCCAGUGAUCAACGCGGCCGUAGGACGAGCUCCAAAGUUUCUAGUGGAAAACAUGCCGGUAGUGGAGGGACGGCUAGGUGACCGCAAAAUAACGGUUUUGAGGGACACCGGUUGUAAUACGGUCGUUGUACGAAAGGAGAUGGUUCAACCUGAGGAAUUUACCAGGCAGUCCAGUCCAGUCUAUCUGUUGGAUAGGACCGUGAGGUAUGUGCCGGAAGCGGAGAUCAGGGUGAGGACGCCAUACUUCACCGGAAGGGUAAGGGCGAAGUGUGUUAGUAACCCGCUGUACGAUCUUGUGCUCGGUAACGUGCCGAUGGUGCGAGGCGUUAAUGAUCCGGACCCGAAGUGGAACGAAAUGGAGGAGGCGAGUCCAGCUGGAAAUUUGGACAGGCAGACGUCCAUAAAACAAAACCAGGAGACAAGCCAAGAAAAAAGUGCAGAACGAGCUGGCAAGGGCUCUUCCGAAUCAAUGCCGGAGAACACCCCAAGCUCGGGACAACGCGAGGACGAGCCCAUGCUCAUCGCGAACGCGACAGAGACAGGAAAGGACAAAGAUCAAUCCAAAGAGCCGCGAGCCGAACUGAGGGUACCGCAGGUUUCGCCACUGGAAGCGACAGCCGAAGAGAAGCUCAAGGAGCAAGAAAGCGACAAGAGCCUCGAGAAAUGUUUCCACAACAUCGGUAAGACCUUUCCUAAGCAUGGAGGAAGAACUAAGCGAAAGUUCUUUAUAAGGAACAAGUUGUUGUAUAGGAGUGUCAUCUACAGCUCCGGAAGAAAAACGGAUCAGCUGGUGCUUCCCGAGAAGUUCCGACGAACCGUGGUAGCCCUGGCCCACGAUAGCAUAAUGUCGGGUCACCAGGGGAUAAACAACACGAUAGGGCUGGUCGCAGAAGAAUUUUUCUGGCCCGGAAUGCAGAGUGAGAUACGAAGAUACGUGCGAUCUUGCGACGUUUGGCAGCGCACCGUGCCUAAAGGAAGAGUGGGUAAGGCACCCUUGGGGACCAUGCCAACCAUAGCGACGCCCUUCCAAAGGAUUGCCAUAGACAUCAUUGGCCCCAUUACGCCGAAGUCGGAUUCGGGAAAGAGAUACAUCCUGACCAUGGUGGACGUAGCCACUCGCUACCCGGACGCGGUAGCUUUGCAAAGCACUGGUACCCCAGAGGUGGCGGAGGCGUUGAUGGACAUGUUUGCCCGAUAUGGCGUACCGGAAGAGAUCCUCAGUGAUCGAGGAUCAAAUUUUACAUCGGACCUUAUGAAGGAGGUGGGCCGACUGUUGUCAAUGAGACACCUCCUAACGACCCCCUACCAUCCUAUGUGCAACGGCCUUGUGGAGAGGUUCAACGGCACAUUAAAACAAAUGCUCAGACGAAUGUGCCAGGAGAGACCUAAAGACUGGGACCGGUACUUGCCCGCUCUACUUUUUGCGUACCGAGAAGUACCACAGUCCAGCUUAAAAUUCUCUCCAUUCGAACUCUUGUAUGGGAGAAGAGUACGAGGACCGUUAACCAUCCUAAGAGAAGUCUGGUCCAACGAAACAAUGAAGAAAGAAACAAAGACUUCGUAUGGGUACGUUUUAGAGUUGAGGGAGAAGCUCGAAGAAACAUGUGAGCUGGCCCAUCGAUGUCUGGAGGUAGCGAAAGAAAAAUAUAAGGGAAAUUACGACCAUAAGCGGGUCAAACGUGAAAUGAAGGCUGGAGAUAGGGCGCUAAUACUUCUUCCAAGUGAUAACAACAAGAUGCUUAUGCAAUGGAAGGGCCCGUUUGAGGUCACGGCCCGAAAAAAACGAAGUAGAUUAUGA